AUGUCUGAUUUUCCGAAGGAGCAACCUGUGCCAGAUACCCACAUCGACACCGUGCCUCCCUCACGGUCGAGUCAGGAGAGACUCAAGGAUGCGCCGACCCUGCCCAACGUAGAUGCCUCGAAGAACGAUCGUCCCUCAUGGUCAACUCCCACGAGUGACUCGAAUGCGUGGGUACGGACCAACGCAUCAAAUGUCUUGAAACCCGACAGAGAUGAGAGUUGGCAGGUGAACGGAGAUGUCUGGAGCAUGAAUGAUGCCAUUUUAGCUAGACUUCACAGGGACGAUAUGAAACAAUCGUCUCUGCGUAACGAAUCCAACGGUCGCGCGAAGAAAGGAUCCAACCCUGAUGCCAUGGCUCCGGACCUAAUUUCCGACAACUUGACGUCGAAGGAGGCUCAUGAUACCGAACGGGAGCCAGUCUUUUCUGAUUCAGGUUACCACACUGGUAAAGGGACUGAUACAGCGUCGGUGAGCUCAGUGGAGUCCUCGGGAAGCUCUCUUGGCCUCCCACAAGACUUUCUCCAAAACUUUGUCGCAGUCUUCGGCGAAAUUCUGAUUGAGCAAUCCGGCGCAAAGGCAUGGGCUGCUUACACCUUGGCUCACAGCUCUCCAGAGGUCCUUGAAAAAUGUCUCCAUGAUUUUCUUAGAGACUACUCAGUUGGCCUUUCUGCUCAAAUAGUGGCCUCUGGACUGAAUAGUCUCUCGCAAAGAGCACCACAUGAACAAGACGGGCCCAUUUACCUCAACGAUGAGCUAAUCGAAGGCGCUACCCGGCUUAUCAGGAUAUGUGGGCCAAAAAUAGCGGCUUACUUCCGUUUCAAUGCCCUGAAGACACUUGAGACUGGCCGACCAUCCCUUUCCCGCCUCGGAGACCUCAUGGCUCAGCCAUCGCUAUUUGAGAGAUUCAGUCUCUUGGGCAAAGCGAUACAAGCCAAUGGUCCUCCAGACGACGAGCGAGAGAUUGCUCUUGGCGAUGGAGAUGGUGAUACAGAUGCCGAACUUGUGUAUGCCUUCAAGGUCCGAGAUUCCCUCGAUUCUGGAGACCCAUUUAAGAACUUGGCAAAGGCAAUGCGGCGGUCCCUGUACUGUGAUGACCAGGAAAAGAUGAGUAGCAUCAGAAAAACCGUCAAAGCUACGAUCCGUGGAUUCAGGACAACUCGCCGAUGCGUCAUGUGUUUUCAUAAACACUUUCGACAUGGCAUUGCUGCCAGUAUGAGAUCAGCAGCCCGGAAAUCAGGCCCAUUUUACCACGCUCUCUUUUUCGUCGACUGGAAUCCCCGAGAGUUUUGCAACUUUCAAUUCGCUGAGAACAAAACGCCGCUGAGAGAAAUUGUAACUCUGAAUGGUUCUGCCCUUUACGCCUACCCAACAACCUGCGCAGAGUACCUUCGUUUGUUUUGGCCAAACACGCACGACGUGCUCCUUCCUCAACUGCAGAUCGCGAUGGAAUCCGGGAGGUCGUCAAUCAUUUUCAGCGAUGACACGUUUUUACGCGUGGAAUUCAAAACGGGAGUUCUUGAGAUUCAUGUUCAUGGGCCAGAGGACCUACUCAUUGAGCUAGCGCAACAGGUCUGUUGGCUAGGAGCGUCGCUCAGAGAAAGCUCUUCCGGCUCCCCGACAACAUACUGCGAAGCCAACAUUGCUAAUAGACGCCUCGUGGGGAUAGAAGGCCCGAUAUUCGAUAUCUCCUUUACCACUCGACCACUCCAUUCCACUGAGGCCCCGUGCUGGUUAUCCUUGUUCGACAACGCCAUGAUUGCAUACAAGUUCCCAAUACCGGAGCGAGAAAACGAAGUAGGCUUGGAGAUCUCGAUUGACAUUCUUGCUGCAAUCGUGGGAGCUCGCCACGCGGUCGAGUAUGACGGAGGCCUUGUUCUAAAAGGUUUCUCCUCGAUUCUUUUCCCAGUCAAGAGACAGGAGGAGAGGGUGCAAUGGCACCUUGUACUGGGAAGAGAUCCUGACAAACGUCUCACUUAUCACGACGCGCUGAGUCUGAGCCAGUCCAACACUCGGGCGUUGAUCGAGGAGAUCGACUUGAACUCGCUCCACUCAACGAGAGCAAUUGUCGGUUGGUGUAGCGCUACUGAAAUCCUCCUUGGAAGCGAGAAAGUCAACUACGAGAACAUUCAUUACUCUGGCGCCAAAGAUGCUAGCCAGAGGCUCAGCAUUACCGGUGGGGCGAUCGGCUUUCAGCAGUUCGGCGCGGGUCAAAUCGAUUUCAAGCUUGGAGCAAAGGAAGGAAAGUUCCAUUUCCAAAGGGUAGGUGGUCCAUACAAGAGGAUCAUCUCGGUCGCCGAAAAGACACCAGUAGUUCUUUACGAUACGGCUGAGAAGAGAGGCUGGCUGUUUUCUGCCUCCGCCGUGAUACUUCACAUCGCCCAAACUCGACACUACGAGGAUCCAACGAACGACGAGGGCGAGCCCAUCAAACUAUUCUCCAAGGACACAUCCACGUGUUCCGCCCGGGAGAGGCUGUUGCAAGACGCCGGCAACCUCCUCUCCAACUCCGACGGAUACCACCUCAAGAACAUGAUCCUGGACAUAUGGUCGCUCCUCGAGUACCUCCUCGACCAAACCGUUCGAAUCGACACCGCUCCCGGCGCCACCCCGAAGGCCACGCUCCGCGACACCCUCUGCGGCUUCGAAUUCAAAGCGGUGGUAGAAGAACGCUCGCCGUUCCGGCUCAAGAGCCGACCCAUCGAGAAAACCAGCGGCGGCUGGCCCGCCCUCGUCAAAGACAUCGACGCCCUCGUUCUUUUCGCCAACGGCUUCGAGGACCUCAUCCUGCCCCUGACAACAGCAACAACAACAGCCGGCAGCGCAACGCUGUCGACCACAAGAAGUUGCCACCCCCUCUGCCACCGCUACCGCACCGUGCCCAAAGGCCUCGACUACCUCGCCGCCACCGUCUCGGCCCUCAUCGACCUCUACGAUGUCACCGGCUGCCCCCUCGCCCGCAACCAUCUCACAUCUUCGUCAAAGCUGCAAUGGCACGUCGGUGGCGAGGUCAGCAGCACCAACAACCUCUUCGGACCCUGCACCAUGCCCUCCGACUUUCGCUGCCGGUGCGAGCGUCUGAGCCAGGUCGUCCCGGACACGGCUAUUGGGACUAUCGUCGGGCCUUCCGCUGACCUAAAUGCGUACGCCGCGAGGGGCGCGGCCACAAUCUUCGGGCAGAGUGGUAAUCUGCUGAAAAGCUUGGUCGGGGCGGGACAACAGAAGUCCACACGUUUUUACAGUCAGCCGAACGCGCAUAUUAAUGCUGGUGUCACCGUUGACGGCGCCGACGAUGCUGGGAUGGACCGGCAGCGACAGGUGCUUGUAUCGGCAGAGGAGGAGGAGAAUGAGGAAGAGAAGGAGGUCAAUGAUAGCGAUUCUUCUAGUCAGGAUGGCUCGCGCAACAGCCGGCCCUCUCAGCACUCGAGCUUUACGACACCGACCUCUAGCUAUGGCACGGGCGAUGGGGGAAAUGACGAGGCGUCAAUUUGCGUGAGUCACGAGUCGGUGGGCGCAAAGAAGAGACAGCUUAAAUUCGGGGAGUGCUACGAUAAAGACCAUGUGGUUCAAGACACCGACGAGAUCCCCGACGCCCACUUCCUGAAUCCAGCACAGCCAGUCAUGCGAGGGAGGUCUGAGGCACCAUUGGCGCGGAAGCCCCAUGUUGUAGAAGUACGGGGACAACAGAACCAUAAGCUCCGAAGCCGGUCGGGGGAGGAGAAUUUGGCAGCGAUAGCGAACGGGUGUCAGAAAGGGGAACUCGAUCUCACCCAUGGAUCGGUGAUAAGUGCUCCCUCAGGCAUGCGUGGAAGGAUUUGA